ACCACCUAAUUUCUAGAUUCUUGCAUUGCAAGUGGGAGGAAAAAAAAAAUAGUAACAUAUUGAUAUUAGUCUAUAUAAGUAGCACACAGUCUUAGAUAUUCAAUCCAAAUUCUCCUUCUUCUUCUUCUUCAAUGGCUUCUCUAAUGAGUUUCCUCAAGAGAACCUCUUCUUCAUCAUCAUCAUCAUUAGCAGUUGCAUGCCAGCAUCCAAUGAUGAUGAGGAGAUUGAUGACAACAACAGCAACCAGUGCUGAUUCUUCAUCUUUUGCUCAGAGAAUCAGAGAUUUGCCUAAAGAUCUUCCUGGUACCAACAUCAAAAAACAUGUUUCACAGCUUAUUGGUAGGACCCCACUGGUUUAUCUUAACAAAGUAACUGAAGGAUGUGGAGCUUAUAUUGCUGUUAAGCAAGAGAUGAUGCAGCCUACUGCUAGCAUCAAAGACAGACCGGCACUUGCUAUGAUGGAAGAUGCUGAGAAAAAGAAUUUGAUUACUCCUGGAAAGACAAUUCUGAUAGAGCCGACAUCAGGCAACAUGGGUAUCAGUUUGGCAUUUAUGGCUGCCAUGAAGGGAUAUAAGAUGGUUUUGACUAUGCCAUCUUACACAAGCUUGGAAAGAAGGGUUUGCAUGAGAGCAUUUGGAGCUGAAUUGAUUCUCACUGAUCCAACGAAAGGAAUGGGAGGAACAGUGAAAAAGGCUUAUGACCUUUUGGAGUCCACACCAAAUGCUUUUAUGCUACAACAAUUUUCCAACCCAGCCAAUACUAAGGUGCAUUUCGAAACAACAGGUCCUGAGAUAUGGGAGGAUACAAAUGGACAAGUUGACAUAUUUGUUAUGGGAAUAGGUAGCGGAGGCACGGUUUCCGGGGUCGGACAAUAUCUUAAAUCACAAAACCCUAAUGUUAAGAUAUAUGGAGUGGAGCCAUCUGAAAGUAAUGUGCUGAAUGGUGGUAAACCCGGUCCUCAUCAAAUAACUGGAAAUGGUGUUGGAUUCAAACCAGACAUAUUGGACAUGGAUGUGAUGGAAAAAGUCCUAGAAGUUAGCAGUGAAGAUGCAGUUAACAUGGCUAGAACAUUGGCCUUGAAAGAAGGACUCAUGGUUGGUAUAUCGUCUGGAGCAAACACAGUCGCAGCACUCAGAUUGGCUAGUCUUCCUGAGAACAAAGGCAAACUUAUUGUGACUGUUCAUCCAAGUUUCGGGGAGCGAUACCUGUCAUCUGUCUUGUUCCAAGACCUUCGGACAGAAGCUGAGAACAUGCAGCCAGUCUCGGUCGAUUAAUGUCUUCCAUGAGUUCUCAUACAACUAGAAAGCUUUGUUGUGGAGUUACAUGGAUCAACUUGGUUGUUGAUAUUGUAACAAAAAAUUGUGAUGUUCAGCUUACAGUUCUUCCAUAUAAAAAAAUUGUCAGUCAAAGCUAUGUUUUUCACACAUCUUAUAAAAGUUCUUGUCUUACUGCUUUGUAAUGUUCUGUUUGGUUUUAAAUUGAAGUAUAUAAUUUUUAUGUAACCAAAAUAUGUUCUAAAAUUUAAAUACCGAAUUUAUGAGUAUGAUGUAAAUUGUGUCUUCUUUUGGCACAUGGUGUGUGCUCUCAAAUUUCUUCUUUAAAGUAGACCAAUCCAAGUGGCAUGCAUUGUCAAAUUUCUAUCUAAAGGAUAUUUAGGUGCAUACGGCAUUUUGAUUUUAAUGCUA